ACGAAACCACCCCGUUGCAAACACGAUACCCACAGGCAGAGACGACGACCUUGGGCGCACUCACGAGCGUAUCAUCAAUUCAUCAUGAGGCGUGAGUACCUAGUUGGCUUCGCGCUCAUAGUCGCCGGGCUCUGGCCGCUGCCCGCGGCUGCGCAGAAGUACGCCGCUAUCUUCAACUUUGGCGACUCCCUCGCCGACGCCGGCAACCUCGUCGCGGAUGGCAUCCCGGAUUACCUCGCCACGGCGCGCCUGCCGUAUGGCAUGACGUACUUCGGGUACCCGACGGGGCGCGUCUCCGACGGCCGCCUCGUCGUCGACUUCAUCGCGCAGGAGCUGGGCCUGCCACUGCUACCGCCGUCCAAGGCGCACAACGCGUCGUUCCACCGUGGUGCCAACUUCGCGAUCACCGGCGGCACGUCGCUGGACACGAGCUUCUUUGAGGCGCGUGGCAUGAGGCACACGGUCUGGAACUCCGGCUCCCUGCACACCCAGCUCAAGUGGUUUCAAGACAUGAAGCCAUCCAUCUGCAACUCCCCAAAAGAGUGCAGGGACCUGUUCAGGCGGUCGCUGUUCAUCGUCGGCGAGUUUGGCGGGAACGAUUACGCGGCGGCGCUCGGCGCGUUCCUCCCGGUGCAGAAGGUGCACACGUUCGUGCCGCACAUCGUCGACUCCAUCGGCAAGGGAAUCGAGAAGCUGAUCGCGGAGGGGGCGGUGGAGCUGGUGGUGCCGGGCGUGCUGCCGAUCGGCUGCUUCCCCGUGUACCUGUCCAUCUUCCUCAAGCAGCGGCCGGAGAUGUACGGCCCGCGCAGCGGCUGCAUCAAGGACCUUAACACGCUGUCCUGGGUGCACAACGCCCUGCUGCAGCGCAAGAUCGCCGAGCUCCGGAAGAAGCACCCCGGCGUGCGCAUCAUGUACGCCGACUACUACACCGCCGUCACGCAGUUCGUCCUGCGCGCCGAGAAGUGGGGGUUCCUGAAGCAGACUCCGAGGACAUGCUGCGGCGCGCCGGGCGUGGGGGUGUACAACUUCAACCUGACGUCCAAGUGCGGCGAGCCAGGCGCUUACGCCUGCGACGACCCAUCAAACCACUGGAACUGGGAUGGCGUCCACCUCACGGAGGCAGCCUACGGCCACAUCGCCAAGGGAUGGCUCUACGGGCCCUUCGCCGACCCGCCCAUCCUAGAGGCAAAGGCAACAUUAGAACUUACGGAGUAGAAGCGAUCACAUCAUAUCUCAUGGAUCGGGACAUACGCAUCUUGGUAGUCCUGAUUAGAAGUUUCAGAAAACAAAAUCAUAAAAUAAGGGUGUAGGAAGGUGUGGCAAGUAUUGCAUGAACAUGAUGAGCUAUGUGCAAACUUGAUCCGUCAGCCAUAUGGAUGCGGUCCCUCCUUGGAUAUUUCUCCCUUACAAUGA